AUGCCAAUUUUACAAGUUUUCACAAAUAUUGCAUCAAAAUCAAUUCCUUCAGAAUUUUCACAAGCAGCGAAAAUUAUUGCGAAUUUGACUGGGAAAAAGGAAAAUUCUGUAAUGGUUCUAGUUAAUGCCGGAAAUGUUGGUUGUUUUGGAGGUUCUACCGAUCCAUUUAUUUAUGCCGAACUUCAAUCAAUUGGGGGAUUUACUGAUCCAAACAAAGUAACUGGGGAAAUGACAAAACUUUUUACUGAACAUUUUGGGGUUCCUGGUAGCCGAGUUUAUAUGAAAUUGACUGGGCCUGAUGCAAAUCAAAUUGCUUGUGAUGGGAAAUUAAAAGGAUAAUUUUUAGAGAAUUUAAUGUGCUCAAUUAUUUCACUUAUUAGUAAUUCAAGAUUAUAUAUUUAUUUUUUCAAUUUAAUUUUUUUAAAAUUAAUUGUUGAAUCGACAAUUUUAUUAUUUGUUGA